AUGUCCUCCAUUGAGAGUGUCGCCAGACACACAAUGCAACCGACCAUCGAGUAUCCGGCAGCAAACGUCUCCGCAGGACAAUCGGGCUCUCCCAAGCCCAGGAGUUGGUGGGCUACCAAGCCCGGCCUCAGGGCUUCAUUCGGCCCUCACUCUGUGACACAGCUUAUACCAGAGUCCGUCCUCCCUGCCUCUCCGCCUUUGUCUGCCUCCCUUCUCUCAGAGAGCGUGGAAAUAGAGCGGGAUAAGGGAGGUCAGGAGAGGUUCAGGGUGAGGGUACUGUUUCACAAGCGAGGCAACAUCAGUUCUGAUCUUCGGAACUGCAUCACUCUACUGGCUUUCAAGGAGACAGAGGAGCACAAGGCCUCCUGUAUCACACAGCCUCCUCUAGGUUUGUGUGUGGUAACUCUGACACUGCCCAGUUCCUGGUUCAGCAAUCCACUUGUCAACCAGUCGCAUCCAUGGUACAGUAAUACCCGCCAUACACAUCACUGGAUGCAGAAGCGAAAAUGGCAACGGAGCAUACGCCAUCAUGGCAACCACCAGCAAGCAACUGCGCAGUUUCUGAGAUACCAUCCAAAUGUAGAUGGGGACAUCCAGAUGGAUGGUCCACGGGCCCGCAGUAACCAACGGGGUCCCAUGAAAAACCAUAUACAGCUGUACUACUCAGUGGCUGACCUAAAGAUAACAGCAGCAGGAUGUGUGGAGGACAGAGAUGUGAAAUCCCAGAGGCAACUUUUCUAUAUCAAAGCAGUGACCCUGAAGGAGGCAGAGGACAAGAGGAAAGAGCAGAGCAACACCAAACAAAACGAGUCCUGUACGAGCGGACAAGAAGAGGAGGAGCUCAACCUGGACUCCCAUGUGGUGAUUCGCUAUCACAGAGGCCCAGUCCUAAUAGGACAGCCAAUCAGAGUCUCAGUGAAUCUGAGAGCUAACGUCAGUGGUCAUUUUGCAGCCAUUAGGAUGAAGGUGAAGAAGGGCCUGGUGUCAAUAGUGGCCCGGAGAACUUUGACCUCUGACAUGUGGACAGUGACCCUGGAAAGAACCCAAGCCUCCAAACACGAUGUGUUGUCCAUCCUCUGCCAAAGACAGAGAAAACUAAAGCAGCCACAUGAUCCCACUCUCCUCCAGCAGGUGGCGUGUUUGUCAGUCGACGGCUUGAGGCGCAGCUUCGGUGUUGCCAUGAUGGUGCCUGCUAAUUGGUGGGUGGAGUACUCCAGACGUACUACCGUCCCGUCAUCCCAUGUAGGAGCAGUGAGCAUCUUUUCAUUCACAGAUCGUCACAUCUUUGGCAUUGCACCUAUAACAGAGAGUAACACGUUGAUCAACACAGCUAUACUGAACAACCAGCCCGUGCUGCUGCCCGUCAUUGUGCUGGCUGUAAGCCACGACGAGAAGAUGUCAGAUGUUACCUCUGCAGUCACAUGUCACUCCAUCAAUGAGAAUAGUAUCAAGGUUUCCAGUGACUGCUCUACCCUCUACGUUGAUGGCAGUGAAUCAGGAUUAGGGUCGACCUGUGCAGUGGUGGAGUUUCAUCUGGGCAUGCUCAGUGGGUCUGUGUGUCUGGAGGUUUGGGCUCCAUCCAUGCCCCUGCAUGUCUCCUUGGCAGACCCUACUCUCAAUGUCAUUGAUGGCUGGAACCUGAUCACAGAGAAAGGGUGUGUGCCGGUGUAUCAGCGCUCCUCAGUCCAGGUUCUGACCCAGUUCACAGCUCAGGACUCCCACAGCAGAACCACACACCACCUGGGUUCCUCAGAUUGGUUUGUAGAUGUGACUGAGCUGGUCCGUAACUGGCUGAGAGUAGAAGACCCCCGUGUGGCUUCCCUCAGUCCCCAAAACAUCUUGAUAGGAUUAAGACCUGGAAAGACAUCACUGCACGUUAUCUCGGAGCAGUGGGAUGGCAUGUUGGGCGCAUGUGACAUCACUGUGUCCUCUGACACUGUCAGCGCUGGUGACCUGUCUGUACAAGCAGUCAGUGGCCUGGGAAUGUCAGUGAAGUCCAGCCCUGCCCUCCCCUCCAUCAUCACAGCAACAGUGACAGCCUACAACACCAUGUACCGCUAUCACCAGGAGGCCUCCGUCAGUGUCUGGCUGCAGUUCAGUGACGACACUGCGUCCCUCCUCUCCUCUUUCAGUGACCUUCCCUUCUCCCUGCGUCUCUCCUCAUUGGCUGAGAGUGUUGUUAUGGUGACACCCAGUUCCAAUCAACGCGUCUUUGCUCAGGGUGACGGAGGUGGGCCUUUACUGCAAGCAGAGCUUCUGGUUUCUACGUGCGCCGAUCAGCUGAUUGUCUCAAACUCUUUUGGUGAAGAGAACGAGGAGCAGCAGGCUUCUACAAGACGAGAAGGGACCCGGAGGCUGGCGAGGGGAUCAGGCUGGAUAAGGGUCAACUUAGACCUGGACUUCAUGCAGACGGUAGCCAAGAAGAGCGAGGAUGGUGUGGCGUUUGAGUUUGACAUUUCAGACACACUGGUUGAAUCACACGGUGACACUUACUCAUCAAACAAAGAUGAAAAUUGGAACGAGAGCACCAGCAGUAACUACUAUGAGAAAGUAAGUCAGACCAUGACUAACAGAAGGUGGAAUGAGGUGGACAAAGGAGGCAUGGUCAGUCGAAACACUCUAGAAAGAGCAGUGCUGAUGCCGAGCCUGGACGAAGGCAAGGUGUAUUUCUUUCCAAGCCAGGAUAAAGGAGGAGCAGAGGAAAACGAGCAGGGAACUCAUGAGUUGGAACUUGGCGUGGGUGCUGUCCUCUCUCUGCUCUGUCUCUUUGCUGUCCUCUUUCUGGCUAACUGUCUGCCCUCCACCUUGCGACACAAGUCGAGGAGGACGAAAGAGAGAAUGGAAGGACAACUGGAGGGAGGUGCGACAGAAGAUGGAGAGGAGAUGAAAAGGGAAAAGGCCAAGGACUGGAAGACAUAG